AUGGGAGAUACCUUGACCGCCACCAAGCUCCGGGACCACUUCAUCUUCAAGAAGGCCGACGACUUCUUUCAAGAUGAGGUCGACGGCCAGGGGACCGGAAUCUCACAGCCGAGCAGGGUGUCAUUCAGCGAGGCAGACCAGAACCUCCCCGACGGCCAGCGGAACCCGGCCUGCAACUACGGGCGCAUCUUCCGGUUCAAUGACGGUUCUCUGCUCCUCGUGCAGUUCCUGAGACCCCGAGUCUGGCGUAUCCGCUUCGACCCUCACAACAAGGAGCCGUCUCACUUUACCGACUAUAACACUCGCACACUCAUCCGAGACACCACAACAGAGCUGAUCCGCACUCUCGACAAGUGCGAGGAACUCGCCUGGGACGUCCAGAUAAUAGAGGAUGACCAGUACUACAUUUUGCAGUCCGUCGUCAAGCGCUCGCCCGUCUCUCCGCCCGAGACGGAGCUCCAGCUUUGGAUCUCGCGGAACCCGUUCCAGAUCACCGCCGUGAGGGUGCUCAAGAGUCUUGCGCCGGCCGAGGCAAGACCGAGGCCGCAGAACUGUGAGAAGGGGGUAGUCGAGGCGUUGGAGCUCCCCCUGAACGAGGGAAUCCGUCCUGCGGUGAUCUGGAAGACCAAGCCACGCGGUCUGCUUUACGGCGAGCACUCGGCCGUCCUGUGCUUGGAGAAGUCCAUUACGGCGGACUACAUGGGGUUCGGAGAGCAGGGCGGCAAGGACCUCUUCAAGAAGAAGACCUACAUGAACUAUUUCAACUUUGACAACAUGAAGUACCAAAACGUCUACGGCCAGGGCCCCUUGGACGACCGUGAGCCGCUGUACCACUCGGAGCCGUACUGGAUCGAGGUCGACGCCCAGCCCGGCUACCAGACGCAGAUCGGGACCUUCAUCGACAACUACUCGCAGAUCUGCGUCGACAUCGGCAUGAAGGACCCAACGCAGCUGCGGGUGGCCACGCGCUUCAACAGCUUCCAGGGCAUCUUCGUCGCGGGAGACAGCAUCCAGGAGGUCAUCCAGCUCUACACCUCCAUCGUCGGCAAGCCGAAGCUCAAGCCGCGCUACGUGCUCGGGUACCACCAGGGCUGCUACGGCUACGACACGCAGGAGAUGGUCAUGGACGCCGUGCGGCAGUACCGGAACUGCGGGUUCCCCCUCGACGGCAUGCACAUCGACGUCGACAUGCAGGACGACUACCGCACCUUCACCAUCAACAAGGAGCCGGGCCACUUCCCGAACCCGGAGUGGAUGUUCGGCGAGCUGCGCCGGCUCGGUGUCAAGUGCAGCACCAACAUCACGCCCUACAUCAGCAGCGUCCCCUCGGCGACGUACUCGACCCUCAACGAAGGGCUCAAGAACGAGUACUUCCUCAAGGAGGAGCGCGACCUGGACCCUUCGGCCCCGGGGGCCCACGAGCAGCGGUACCUCCAGUACAGCACCAGCAACGUCGGUUUCACAAACCCCAACACGGACAAGCCGGACUACUGGGACGGCGACGACUACAACUUUGCCGAGAACUUCAACAAGGGCGGCCCGUUCCACGGCGGCGUCUACUACGGGUGGCGGAACGGCCACCCGGGACACUACCCCAACCUGAACAACAAGGAAGUCCGAAAAUGGUGGGGGAAGCAGUACGAGUACCUCUUCGAGACGGGGCUGGACUUUGUCUGGCAGGACAUGACGAGCCCUUGCAUUGCGGAGCAGUACGGUGACAUGAAGUCCCUCCCUUUCCGCCUGCUCCUCGAUUCCGACGGCUGGUGCGGCGACCCCAGCUCGGCCGAGAAGAAGAAGGCCAUCGAGAUCUGGUCUCUGUACAGCUACAACCUGCACAAGGCCACGUACCACGGCCUCAACCACCUGCACAUGAAGGACGACAAGCAGAAGAACCCCAAGCUCGCGUGGCGCGAGAACCGGCGCAACUUCAUCAUCGGACGCGGCAGCUUCGCCGGCAGCCACCGCUACGCCGGUCUCUGGACGGGAGACAACUCGUCCACGUGGGAGUUCCUCCGCAUCUCAGUCGCCCAGGUCCUCGCCCUGGGCCUGGGCGGCGUCACCAUCUCCGGCGCCGACGUUGGCGGCUUCGAGUUCAUCGAGGCCGAGAGGAACUAUCCGAACCCGGAGUUGAUCAUCCGCUGGUACGGAGCAUACUCGCUUCUGCCGUGGUUCCGAAACCACUACACCCGCUAUCGCGAGUGGAACGAAGGCGAACGCAAGGGCACGAUGAGGAAGGACGGCAAGUGGUUCCAGGAGCCGUACGCGUACCAGCUGCACUACGAGCAGCACAAGGACCAGUUCCAAGGCCGCGAAGGCGAGAUCUACAGGGCCGUGCUGCCCACCUGCCGGUAUCUGAUCCGUCUCCGCUACUCGUUGAUGCAGCUGUUGUACGAUGCAAUGUUCGAGAACAUGAUCAACGGGCUGCCGAUUGCCAGAGCCAUGCCCAUCACCGACGCCCUCGACCGCUCUCUGUUCAGCAGCGAUAACCGCCGCUUCACAAGCUCGCAGUACAUGGUGAGAAACGACCUCUUGGUGGCCCCCUGCCUCGUGGGCGACGACAAGCGCAAGAAGAAGUCCCGCAAGGUCUAUCUGCCGUACCCCGACUCCUGGUACCCGUUGAAUCUGCGGCCCGACGACCCCCUCGGCGCCCCGCUCGGCCCCGCAGCGUCCGGCGGUCAGCGCAUCGAGUACGACUGCCGCAUCUCGGACGACGAGCGGCAGAUCCCCUUCUCGACGCCCAUGUAUGUCCGUGAAGGCGCCAUCAUCCCCAAAAUCCAGGUCAGAGACUACGUGCCGGACCCUAGCACGACGCCUCAGAACGCCAACCCCAUCACCAUCCACAUCUACCCUGGAAAGGAAGGAAAAGAGAACACGUACGACAUGUACCUUGACGACGGCAUCUCUAGGGAUAGCGCGCCCAAGACCUCGCAGCUUGAUGCCAACCCCAGCGACCCGCCUCAGUACGGCGAGGCCCACCACUUUGAAGGUCUCGCGGAUGCAAAGGCCAAAGACAAGUACACCAAGGUCCAGUUCAAGCAGACGACCACCAAGAGGCUUGCUGACAACGAGGACGGCGGCACCUACACCCGGCGACUCACGGCCAAGGCCCCCUGGCGGGAAUUCGUCACCGAGGCGCCCCAGUACAUCGGGACGGACUACAAGUUCGUCUUCUGGCACCGCGGGGCGACCAACCUCAACUCCAUCAAGGUCAACGUCGAGCGGACCAGCCUCAACUACGAGAUCAACCGGGCCGUCAAGGCGACCGUCGUCACCGUCCCCGUCGCGGACGUCCACACGGAGAGCGGCGUCGACGUCGCUCUCGAGUUCGACGGCGACUUCUAA